CCGGCGCCGGUGAAUGCUGAGCUCAUCGCUUGGGCAAGAUGGUUCUCCUGGAGAGUGAGCAGUUUCUCACAGAGUUGACACGAUUGUUCCAGAAGUGCCGGACAUCAGGAAGUGUUUAUAUUACGCUAAAGAAAUAUGACGGUCGAACGAAGCCGGUUCCCCGAAAAGGCCAGUCCGACAGCGUUGAACCAGCAGAAAACAAAUGUCUUCUGAGAGCGACUGACGGAAAGAAGAAAAUCAGCACAGUGGUCAGCUCAAAAGAAGUCAACAAAUUCCAAAUGGCCUACUCCAACCUCCUACGGGCAAAUAUGGAUGGACUGAAAAAGAAAGACAAGAAGAGUAAAAAUAAGAAGAGCAGUGCCACUCAAUAAUGGACUUUGCUUCCCUUGGUUUCCCUGCACCAGGCUGCCUCCUAAUUCAAGUGAAGGGUGCAGUAAGGGACCACAGACCCUGCCCACCCACCACAGCACUGGCAAUAAAGAACAAGGCAUUUCCUGCUGGGCUGGAUGGCUAGAAAUGGUUCAACUUUAAUUUACUGCAUCUCUGCUGCUGAGAUGGCUUAGUUUUUAUUUUAUUCAGAUUUAAAGGAAUUUUACUUCACAUGUUCUGUGUCCAGUUUGGAUGCGUAUGGUUUGUUCAUUAAAGAGAACGCUAAGUUUCAUUGCU